CGGUAGCCCCGGUCGGAGCCCGUUCCGUCCCGACCGGCGCCGCCAUGGCCGUGUCCCCCUCAGGCGCGGCCGCCAGGGGGCGCCGCGGUGCCCGCGCGGCCCCGGGGAGCGCCAAGAUGGCGGCGGCGCGGCGGCUCUGCGCGGCGGCGGGGCUGGGCGGGCGGUUCUGUCACAUGCUGUUAAAAGAUCACAAUCUGACAACUCGCCAGCCUUUCCACCAGUUUCUGCAGAAGAAACCAUCUCUUCCACCUGCAGCAUGGCAUCGUGCAGUCAGAGGCAUGUUUAUUCAAACCCAGGACACACCAAAUCCAAAUAGCUUGAAGUUUAUUCCAGGAAGGGAAGUGCUGGGGUCGAGGACUAUGGAGUUUUCCACACCAGCUGCAGCCUAUUGCUCCCCUUUAGCAAGACAGUUAUUCCGGAUUGAAGGAGUGAAAAGUGUUUUCUUUGGGCCAGACUUCAUCACAAUCACCAAGGAGAGUGAAGACCUGGACUGGAACUUACUGAAACCUGAUAUUUAUGCAACCAUAAUGGAUUUCUUUGCCUCUGGCUUACCUGUAGUCACUGAUGAGGCACCCAGGACAGACACAGCUGCUUCAGAAGAAGAUGAUGAAGUUGUACUGAUGAUUAAGGAGCUGCUGGAUACAAGAAUCAGGCCCACAGUGCAGGAAGAUGGUGGAGAUGUCAUUUACAAAGGCUUUGAGGAUGGCAUAGUGCAGCUGAAGCUGCAGGGCUCCUGCACCAGCUGCCCCAGCUCCAUCAUCACCCUCAAGAGUGGGAUACAGAACAUGCUCCAGUUCUACAUCCCUGAGGUGGAAGGCGUUGAGCAGGUUGUUGACGACGAUGAUGACGUGGAGAAAGAAGCAAAUUCUACCUGAGCUUCGUCAUCUGUGGCCAAAUAAACACUUACCUCCUGCUGUAUGUAACCCAUCUUUGUGCUGAGGAACUAGCAAAUCUGCCUUGUCAGAAAAACAGUUGUAGCUACUGUGAGAAUGCACCAUCAGUUCAAGCAGUUCACCCACUAAUUUAUUAAAUGCCCUGGAUUACAAAAAGAUUCUUCUGCUAUGUCUUGAGAAAGAAAUGGUGGGCUCAGAAAACAGUGAUGCAUUUAUUGUUUUUUUCAUACAGAAACCUCAGUACUGAAAAAAAGAGAAAGCAGAAGUUCUUGUUUUUUUUGUGCAAUAGCAAUAUUAAAUGUUUAUUCCCCCAGCUUGUGGGACUGA